GAGCUGGAAAAUUUGCAUAUUUUCAAAAAAAGUGGAGUGUCCCUUUAAUAUUGACUGAGUAAGGUCAUGUCAAAUAUUAAAAUGAAAUCAGUGAUUAAAAUCAAACUUGCUCCUAAUCUCAUAAUUAGAUUAUAAAACUGUUGCCUGGAUUUCACAAGCAGGGUCACACAUUUUUAAAUGUAUUUCUAUAAAAAAGUUACACUAGACUUUUAUGUUAUGCUCUGGUUGGUAUUUCAACUUUAUGUGUUAUAAUUUAUUUACUGUACACAACAAACAAGGAAAUACAAAACACAGAUAACAGAUAAAACAAGCUAUUGCUUAGUCAGGGUCAGGGAUUGAGAGUCAGUUUACACAGAGAUGUCGACUUUCGAUCUUUUGCCAAUGUCAUACCGUUUUCCCAAUUUGUGUCUAAUUUAGAGUCAAACAAAUACCACAAAACAUAACUUAAUACAUGAAAUCCAAGCUUAUUCUUACUAAAGUUUGAACUGUUAUAUCACACCAAAUGAUGUCACUUCCUGGUGGAUGGUGUCAUUAGAAAAUAUAUUCCCAAAUUAGCAUUCCUAGAAGGUUAAUGAAUGGAGAAAUGAAUUAUGGCUUUUGAUGAGUAAAUAAAGACACUUACUUACCUUCUCAUAAUCAUGACGCUUGCGUAAAACUUGUUUAUUUUAUGAUUACAGUGCUUUAUAAGAAGUGCCUUCCCAACCUGUGCUUAUCUCUGUAGCGUUUAUGAUUCGUAAUAAUAAUGCAGCCUCUCCAUAGCAGACCAAACCAAAGGUCCCUUUUCUUAUCAUUGGUUCAAUGAAUGCAGCUACAUGAAAACUCUGUGACUCAGUCAUGUCAGGGAAGCUUUGCACCUGCAGCAUUCGGUUAAAUAGAGUGGCGACGGCAGGGCAAAUUUCAGCCAUUCCGUCGUCUGUUUGGGAAGAAGAAAAGGAGGAAAGCACCACGUGGGUUUGAGGGAUCUGAACUGAAAGCUAGCCAUUCCACUGACAAUGUUUGCAAUGGGGUGGUCUCAGUUAACCAGGAGAAUGAUCCAUAUCUAAGUGAGAUAAACACCCUGGAGUCUCGAGCUUUUUCACACGAGAGUGUAUUUAUCCCUGAGGAUUCAGAGAACGCAUAUCCAGGGCAGACAAUGUCCCAGGAGAACGUUUCAGACAAAGUCAAGAACAUUCAGAAACAAAUAGGACACAAUAUCAAGUUUGGUCAGAGACCCCCUUCACUUAGAAAGAGUGAGGGAGAUGAAGGUAGCUCAGAUGAGGAAGAUGUACCACAGAAUCCACUGAGGGUUCUUGCUCAGGUGGAGACUGAGCCACCUGAAACUGAAGCUGAAGAAAAGGCUAUCAGCCAUGAUAUGGUCCCACACAGAACUCCAGUCAAAUCCCCCCGUACUAAGCGCCCACCUCCCCCUGGUACAAUUGAGUCUAUUAAUCUAGACGCUGUACCUCAGUUUGUCCCACGCUUGGACAACACUGCUGCCAAACACAAAUUAUCAGUCAAACCGAAGAACCAGAGGGUGUCUCGCAAACACAGAAGAUCGACACAGGAAUUUCAUGAAGUCGAUCUCUCUGAAGUGCAAGAGGAAACAGAUACACAAAAACAUGAAGAAGUAUUUGAUUUGUCAGGAGAAGACUAUAACAUUAUCCACGGAAGCAAAGAAGAUUAUGAGCCUACCGAGAAAUCCAUAAAGAAGCGACUUCAUGAGGAGGAGCUAGAGCGUCUUGAACUUCAGAAAAGGGAAGAAGAGGAAGAGAAAAAGAAGAAAGAACAAUUGAGAAAAAUUGAGGAGCAGAGAUUAGAAGAAGAGAAGCGCCACAAACAAGAACAAAUGCAAAAGGAGGAAGAGGAGAGGAAAGAACGAGAACAAAAGGAGAGGAAAGCAAGGGAAGAGGAAGAAAAGAGGAAAGCAGAGGAAAGGCUAAGAAUAAAACAGGAGGAAGAAAAAAAGAGGCUAGAGGAAGAGGAAAGGAUAAGAAAACAAGAAGCUGAAAAGAUAAGGAGAGAAGAGGAGGAAAGAACAAGAGCAGAGGAAGAGAGAAGACAGCAAGAAAUCAAGGCACAGCAACUUCGUCUAGAAGAGGAAAGAGAAAGGGAGCAGGAGGAGAGGAGGAGGAAGGAGGAGGUGGCAGAGAAACUUAGAAUUCAGGAGUUAGAGGAGAAACAACAGAGAGAAGAAGAGCAACGGCUUCUUGAGGAAGAAAGAUGUCGACAAGAAAAAGAGGCUGAAGAAGACAAAAAGAGGGAGGAGAAGGAAAUAAAGAAACAUCAAAAAGAAGAGAAAGCAGCCGAGGCACAGACUAAAGCCACUGACCCAGAGUGGAAAAGAAAGGCAGAGGAACUGCGAUGGAGAGAGAUGGAGGAAAGACAGAGACCCUUCACUUUCAAGGUGUCCUCAGGAGAGAAACAAAUACUCUUCCAGAAAGUCAACCUCACCCCUGUUACUCCAGCAACUGGCCAACAUAGUGAAACAACAGCUGAAACCAGUGAGGGAGCCAAAGCCUCUUCUCCGGGAUACACUGAAUCACCAACUCUGUCUUCAUCUCUUUAUGUCCCUCACACUGCUAUUCUUGUGACAGGAGCCCAGCUUUGUGGAACCGCAGUCAAUCUUGAUCAGAUCAAGGAUUCAGCCUGCAAAUCCCUUCUUGGUCUUUCUGAGGCGAAAAAAGCCAUAGGCACUCCACCAACCAAGAGCAAAACAUCUCCAGAUCGUCAAUCUGGAAAAACCAAAUCUUUAUACGAGUCUUCCUUAUCUGCAGAUCAAUCCAGUGCUGCUGUACUGGCAGAAUGGGCAAGUAUCCGAUCCAAAAUUUUAAAAGGUGCUGAAGAGGGAAAUUAUCCAGAUCAGAGUCGAAAGCAAUCCCAGAGCAGACCAAUUAGUGAGGAUCUAAAUACAGUGCCAUUCUCUCAUACCAGCCUCAGAAAAACAAUGUCAGCCAGUGCUAAGUUUUCCAUUACCCCAGCUAGAAAGAAAUUUGCUGAUUCUAACAGGAGCUCAGAGGUUUUCAGUCCGGAAGAGAAGGAAGGGGGGAAAAUAGAAUCUGUAUCUGCAGAAACUCCUCAUGUUCAAAAGGCAGAGUGGCCUUCUUUAGGGACCAAGAACCAGGGCAAGGGAUGCAAGGUCACCCGCAUAGCAGAUAAUGCUGAAGAAUGUAUGUUUGCCAAAGACCUCCCCUCCUUCCUAGUUCCCAGUCCACCACAUGACUCUUCUAAAUUACAAAGAUUCGAGACUGGGUCCCCAAGUCAGUCAGAAUCAGAAGAAUCAGAUGCAAAGGAUAAAGGGGAUCAGAAAGAUCACGGUGUUGAUGAGCGGCCUUCACCUUUUGGAAUCAAGUUGAGAAGGACCAACUACUCUCUUCGCUUCCAUAAUGAACAAUCUGCAGAGAAGAGGAAGAAAAGGUACAGUGCAGGUGACAGUUUUGAAGGUGUCCCAGUACCUUUAACAUCCACUGAUCAAGACUCGGACACUUCUACACUUUCUGAAAGAUCAAGCCCUGCUACUCCACAACCAGAUACUCCUGGGUUCCAAACUACUUUAGCACCCAAUAAAGAAUCACGAAUCAAGUUUGGCAGAAAUACUUCAACACGAAAUGAAGUGGAUAACUUUGUCCCCAAGCCUAUACUUUACCAAAAACCAGCUACCUCCCCCCAACCAUCUGAAGGCGCCACACCUCCACCCUCUCCUUUUUUAAAACCUGGCAAGCGCACUUCAGGGGAUAUGGUUUCCCAAACAAAAGAGGAGAUAAAACAGGUAGUUGCUGAGCAAAGCAGUUUCCACAAGGAUGAUACUUCAGCAUCUGUAUCAUCUCAGAGACAUGGACAAGUAGAGGAUGAGCUUAAAGAGAAGAAGUCUUUUUUUCCAUCUAUCAGCAUCCCAUGGAGAGAAAAGACAGAUCGCAGGACUGAACUCAUUAAAAGAGAAAAACCCUCUCUGCAGGCCAGGCACUCCCUGGACAGCACACGGACACAUGAGAAAGAGACAGGACCAUUGUGGAUCACUCUGGCACUGCAAAAACAAAAAGGCUUCAGGGAACAACAGCAGAGCCGAGAGGAAAGAAAGAGCCAGAGAGAAGCUAAGCUGGCUGAGAAAUUGGCUAAGGAAAGCGCUGGAACGGUCAGUCCCACAGAGGAUAAAGGAAAUGAAAACUCCAGCCACCCCAAGCCUCAAACAGCACUUGAACAUAAAAGACCAGACACACUCCUGACCCGCUUUGAACGCCGUGACAACUUGAAGAAAGCCAAUACCUUGCCCAGUUCAGUCACAGUUGAAAUAACCGACCCGACACCCUCUCCACCCUCGACCAAGGAUGUGACAAAGCGCUUCCCUCCUGGGGACACUACCCAGGUGUCCACCGAGCCGGCCUGGCUCGCCCUAGCCAAGCGUAAGGCCAAAGCCUGGAGCGACUGCCCACAGAUCAUCAAGUGAUCCAAUACCUUUGACCCAGUAAAACACAAACAAGUCUCAUCUUCUUCAUGCGCAUCAGUUAGGUCACUGAACCACAGCUCACCUCCAGUGACAAAUGGCAACACUGAAACUUUUAACCUUCAUACUCCACGAAAUACAAGCAAUCAGGCAUUUUCUAAUAAUUGGUGUUUAAGUUCAAAUGUAUUGCCAUGAUGACAAAAGAUUGUGCCUACAUACAGAUUCGCCGUGAAUUCUGUUAGAUGGAUCAGAGAACCAAUGAUGAAACGCAUCUCCAAAAGCCAACUAUUAUUCCUUUUGGUUUUCAAAAAUGUUUUCAUGUUCUGUCCAUCAACAGUACAUUCAAUCCUUUCUGUCACAGCCAAUUAAAUACAAUUACAGCCCCUCAUAUCUUAAAAGUUGCCUGUUAACAGAACUCAUUAGCGUGUAUAUCUACACAAUGCAUGUCAAACUCUUGAUCCUAGAUAUUACUAAAACAGUAUGUGGUUCAUAAUCAAAACAAUUUAAACAUUAUUAAACAAUAAAACAAGACAGUAUGUUGUUCCACUGGUGGCAGUUCUGGGAAGCAAUUCAAGGGCUAAUAAUAACAACAAUGACAACACAGUUGGUAUAACCUUGAUAAAUCUCAUUCUUCACUCCCACAAGCAUGUACAUCCAAACAACAGUUUUGUAUCAUUUUUAAGUACGGCCACCCUUUCUCAUGUAUUUACUUAAAUGCGCCGACAUCACUACACUUUGUUGAUGGACAGAUGUGGUCUCUUUUUUCUUAAUUUAUUAUAUUUGAUAAAGUACAAAGAUCUUCACUGUGUCCGUGACAACUGUGAGUACUGUCAUUUUAACUAUUGCUAAAAAUCAUUAUGAUAAGAACAUGUCAACACUGUUUACUCAUGUAAUUGACUAACACUGAAUUUUUCCUCUAUAGGCUACAAAAUUUCGCGACACUAUAGUAUUAUAUGCACUUGAGCCGUGCUGAUCUACUCUUGCAGUGUCUAUAGCCGCCUGUUUCUGUAAAAUUGGUUGCCUGGGAUCACCAAUUGUCUGCUUGCUGUAACAUAAACAAUGCUGUCCUGGCGUAGCGUGUGCUAGCAUCUCUUUUACCGCUAUUUAGCAAACCUGUGACACGGCUAAGUGAUGUGAGAUCAGUGUUUCAAAAGCAACAUAUGGGGGGUUCAGAACAAGAGAUCUAGCCAAUGAGAGUGUUUAAACUUACAAUAGAAUGGGUGAAUAGACUAAUAAUGGACACCACCUCUAUAUAACCUUGAACAAGGCAGCUAACCUCAGAUUGCUCCAGAGGGAUUUUCUUGUAGGUGAAGCUAUACCUAAAAAUGUACUGUAUGUUGUUUUGGAUAGAAAGUAUCUGGAAAUUAUAAAAUGAAAGCUUUGAUCUCUCAGCAGAGCCACUGACCCCACUAUCAAAUGUAAUGUUGUAUGUAUGUAAUGUAUGUAUGUAUGUAUAGAGGUGAAAUGAAAUGGACUGUAUUUCUAUGGAGAUCUCCUGAACUGCAGUCGCGUCACUUUGUUUUUACAUUGGUCGUGUGCAGUAGUGUAGCGUAAACAGUGUUGUAUGUGAUAUGACAAUUGCACUUUUUGUUCUACUUAAGAAAUAUUCAUUAAAAGAAAGUGACGCAAAUGUUAUGAAAUAUGUAGAGAAAAUUAAAGAUGUU